ACAUACAGUUACAUUAUUAGUAAGAACUACAGAGAAUACAGAAUAAGUAGAUUUAAAAGCUUUACAGCUCCAGUACCACAUACAUCAUCCGGCUAUGAGGGGACCUACUGCACAGACACUAUUGGCUCUGACCAUUUGGGUUACACUAAUUGGUUGUUCUGCUGGGGCCACCUGUCCAGAGGUGAAGUUUGUAGGAGUUGGGAACUCCUCCGAAAAGACAGCAGUUCUGAUAGGAUGCCCAGGGAAACCUGGAGUACCAGGACUGCAAGGACCACAGGGACCGCCAGGACCAGCUGGAAUGAAAGGAGAAAAGGGGGAUCAAGGAUUGAAAGGAGAAAGAGGAGACACAGGACUCCCUGGUGUGUCGGCUCUUGGAACUGCAAAAAACUGUAAGGAGCUUCUGGACCAGGGUGCGUAUCAGAAUGGCUGGUACACAAUAUAUCCACCGCAGAAUUACCCAAUGACGGUGCUGUGUGAUAUGGAAACUGAUGGAGGUGGUUGGAUAGUAUUUCAGAGACGUAUGGAUGGAUCAGUGGAUUUUUAUCGAGACUGGAAUUCCUACAAGAGAGGGUUUGGCAAUCAGUGGAGUGAGUUCUGGCUGGGGAAUGAUAAGAUUCAUGUGCUGACUUCUAAUGGUACAUUUGAGCUACGCGUUGAUCUUGCAGAUUUUGAUAAUAUUACAGCUCAUGCCCUGUAUACAAAUUUCAGCAUUACUGGAGAGUCUCAGAACUACACUUUACAUUUGGGAUCAUUUAAAGGAGGAAAUGCAGGUGACUCGUUAUUUAAGUGGCACAAUAACAUGGCAUUUACCACUAAAGACAAGGACAAUGACAAAGGCUCAAACACCAAUUGUGCAGUGAGAUACAAUGGUGCUUGGUGGUACGAGGCAUGUCAUGAUUCCAACCUGAAUGGGCUGUAUCUAGAAGGCGAGAACAACCAAAAGGGAGAGGGCGUCAACUGGUCAUCUCUCAAACCGAGCAAUUACUCAUUGAAGGUGUCUGAAAUGAAGUUCCGACCACAAACCUAGCAAUACAGAGUGAAUUCCCAUCAUGAGGAGACGCUUCAGUACAUAACCUUACUGCUGAGAUUGCUUUAUGCAAAACAAUGUAACCAAACUCUCUGUAUCCUGCUAUAUUACACUCUUUUACUAUUUUACUAUUUAAAUCCUUAACUAAAAGACCUUAAAAGGACAUUAAAGUGACGUGAAACCCAAAAUAUUUCUUUCAUGAUUCAGGAGGAGCGUGUAUUUCUAAGCAACUUUUCAAUGCAUUUCUUUUAUCAAUCCUCUUGGUAUCCUUUAUUGAAGGAGCAGCAAUGCACUACUGGGAGAUGGCUGAACACAAUAAUUAAGUCAAUGAGAACAGACAUAUAUUUAAAGCCACCAAUCAGCAGCUAGCCCCCAGCUCUUGAGACUACAUAUAUAUAUAUAUAUAUAUAUAUAUAUAUAUAUAUAUAUAUAUAUAUAUAUAUAUAUGCUUUUCAACAAAGGAUACCAAGAGAACAAAGCAAUUUAGAUUACAGACGUAAAUUAGAAAGUUGUUUACAAUUACAUGCUCUAUCUGAAUCAUGAAAUAUUUUUGGGGGGUUUCAUGUCCCUUUAAACACCUCCUUUUUUAUUUGUAAAAUUGUGCUUAUCCCUAUAAAGGCCAAAAAGUAAAUAUGUAACCUGCAAUUGCUGCAAAUCACAUAGCUGUUAUAGGCAAUUUGCAGUAGUUUAAAAACCCUAAGUUAAAGAAUUAGCUUUUUGGCUUCUCUAGGGAGUGUGGGACAAAACACAAUUUUACAUAAAAACAAUAGGUGUUUACGGUCCUUUUAAGAUAUUACAAAAAUUUGAUUGUAAAGUUGUUUGUGGUUAUGCAACAAUAUUAAAACUGCUAUGUGCUCAAAUUUA